UAUACCACCGCCUACUAUGUGGUGAACGAGGUGCCUGCCUCCCAGGCCGACCAGGUCCACGCCUACCCUGUCGGCAGCUGUGACGCCUUCUUCAAGAGUCCCUACGACGCUUUCUCGUGCCAGAACACCACUGCCAUUCCCGACGCCUACUCGUGCUGUUUCGAGACCUCGGGAAUCUUGAUGCAAACCCAGUUCUGGGACUUCGACCAGAAGUUGUUGGCCAUCGCCAAGUCCAACGACACUGCCUUGAUUGAACAGGCAGAACGCGAGUACACAGUUAGCGACCCUGUGCAGAACUCGUUCACCAUCCACGGCUUGUGGAACGACUUCUGUAAUGGAAGUUACCCUACCAACUGUAACCCUCCAUUGGAGUUUGCCGACACCGAAAACCUCACCCAGAUCAUCCGUGACGAGUUCAACCAGCCUGAGCUCUACGAAUAUAUGAUCAAGUACUGGGUGAAUAACGAGAAGUCCAACGUGCCUAACGGAGGCUCCAUUGCGUUGUGGGAGCACGAGUACAACAAACACGGAACCUGUAUGAACACCUUGCUUCCUAGCUGUUUCCCAGGUACCUACUCCAGACACGAGAAUGCCGUCCACUACUUUAGAAAGGUGGUCGAGUUGUUCAAGGAUCUUCCCACUUACAACUUCCUUGCUGGCGCCGGUAUCUACCCUACCCUCACCAAGCAGUACAAGUUGACUGACAUCAAGGACGCCUUGGCUGCGAACCACGACAACAAGCUGGUCUACGUGGGUUGUAUCAACGGCACCAUCGACGAGAUCUGGUACUACCACCACCUCCACGGCAGUGUCUUGACCGGUGACUACAGACCUCUUGAUUCCACCGGGAACGAUACUUGCCCAGAGCAUGUGUGGUAUAUCCCCAAG